AUGGUAGACCUGGCUGAGCCUGAGGUAGCUGUCAAGGGACUCAACGGUGAAAGCAUGCUGGCAGGGCAGCACGAGCAGAGGGCUCUCCUCCAGCGUCUCCCAUAUGAUGAGAUACACUCUCAUCUCCCUCUUCUUCUUCGACCCACACCCUUCCACCUUGCAAAACGCCUGGGAAGGGCACUUAUUGGCACAGAGCGAUGGGCAUUGGUGGCUGCACAAGAGGCGUUUCUCACACCGCUACUCGCACGACUGGCGGUCGCAGGGGGCACCGCAGGGGAGGGAGCACCGCCCCUGGUGCCUGCAGGUCCACCCGCAAGGCUCGGCGCACGCAGAGCAGGUCCGGUUGCAGGGUUGGGGGCGAGAGCUGUGUUGGCACACCACGAGGCAUCGUUUGGUAUAGGGCUUGCAGGGAUUGCCGAGGUGGCAGGGGUCGGGGCAGCGGUGGCCGCAGGGGAGGUCGCGUUUGCAUGGCUGCGUGCAUUCCUUGUGCUUUCUCUCCAACUACUCCUGAACCUGCUGAAAGCCUAUGCUGAGUCGGGCUAUCUGCAUCCUCUGCUGCCCGCCCACGCCCCCAAGCAUGGCGAACUGCUCGAAGACAUUCCCUCACGUGACGCCCCCUCCCUCUCGCCCCCGCCCGUGCGCCCUCCCUCUCGCCCCCGCCCGUGCGCCCUCCCUCUCCCCCCCGCCUACAUAUCCAGCGCCAUCAUGCCAGGUCUAACGCACUGGUCGAGCCCUCGUUCCUUCAGCGUCUUCUCCUCGCCCACCUGUGCUGCCGCCAUCUGUGCUGACGCCCUCAUCAGCGCCCUCAACGUCGUCGGCUUCUCGUGCCACGUGGCUGGCAUGCCCAAGGGCAACGUGUGCAUGGUGCCCACCACCGCUGCACUGGCGUAUGCCCUGACUGCUCUCCAACUGUUGGAUGCGGUGCAGAGGGAUGAGGCAACCGGCCUCAUUCCCUUCUUCCUCGUCCCCACAGUAAGUGUGUGCGAGGUGCCUUCUUCUCUUCUUCUUCAAAUUCCUAUACGGGGAAGGUGCUUUGUUCCCCUCUCCCUCACUCUCACUGUACGUGGAAGGUACCUUAUUCCGUUCCUCUCACAUGUCAUGAUAAGCCACCUCGCACAUGGGGCGGUGCUUGGCCGCAUUUGUACCUCUGGUACGUUUCCCGAUCGACCGGUGCUCGUCCUCAUGUCCGCCCCUAUAUCGCCGCCAGACAGCCGGCCUCUGGUGAAAGCACUGCCAAUACUGUCAGAAUAUCUGCGGAAUAAGGCAAUAGAGCGCGAUCACCUGCUGAUGGCUCCGCAACCCUUCGCCCUCGUCUGCUUCCCCCUCAAGCCUCCCUCUGCUCGCACACAGAGUGGGGUGGCGUGCACAGGGGUGGGCGACGGGAGAGUGGGCGACGAGGUGUCGGUGAGCGAGGGCAGCGUGGAUGUAGGGAGGGAGGUGAAUGCGGCGCCACUGGAGGCGAUCAACAGCAGCGCGCAGGCGCAUCUCUCUCACACAGACAGUGCUGAGCUCCUUGCUGCUUGGCUCCUCCAUUCCUCAAAUGUAUCUCACUUGCACACUAACUCUUGA